AUUAACCCUGCGCUCCCUGGAGCGAGCUGGUGAGGAGGGCGCAGCGGGGACGACAGCCAGCGGGUGCGUGCGCUCUUAGAGAAACUUUCCCUGUCAAAGGCCCCGGGGGGCGCGGGUGUCCCCCGCUUGCCAGAGCCCUGUUGCGGCCCCGAAACUUGUGCGCGCAGCCCAAACUAACCUCACGUGAAGUGAAAGACUGUUCUAUGACUGCAAAGAUGGAAACGACCUUCUAUGACGAUGCCCUCAACGCCUCGUUCCUCCCGUCCGAGAGCGGACCUUAUGGCUACAGUAACCCCAAGAUCCUGAAACAGAGCAUGACCCUGAACCUGGCCGACCCAGUGGGGAGCCUGAAGCCGCACCUCCGUGCGAAGAACUCGGACCUCCUCACCUCGCCCGACGUGGGGCUGCUCAAGCUGGCGUCGCCCGAGCUGGAGCGCCUGAUAAUCCAGUCCAGCAACGGGCACAUCACCACCACGCCGACCCCCACCCAGUUCCUGUGCCCCAAGAACGUGACAGACGAGCAGGAGGGCUUCGCCGAGGGCUUCGUGCGCGCCCUGGCCGAACUGCACAGCCAGAACACGCUGCCCAGCGUCACGUCGGCGGCGCAGCCGGUCAACGGGGCGGGCAUGGUGGCUCCCGCGGUAGCCUCGGUGGCAGGGGGCAGCGGCAGCGGCGGCUUCAGCGCCAGCCUGCACAGCGAGCCGCCGGUCUACGCCAACCUCAGCAACUUCAACCCAGGCGCGCUGAGCAGCGGCGGCGGGGCGCCCUCCUACGGCGCGGCCGGCCUGGCCUUUCCCGCGCAACCCCAGCAGCAGCAGCAGCCGCCGCAGCCGCCGCACCACCUGCCCCAGCAGAUGCCCGUGCAGCACCCGCGGCUGCAGGCCCUGAAGGAGGAGCCUCAGACAGUGCCCGAGAUGCCGGGCGAGACACCGCCCCUGUCCCCCAUCGACAUGGAGUCCCAGGAGCGGAUCAAGGCGGAGAGGAAGCGCAUGAGGAACCGCAUCGCUGCCUCCAAGUGCCGAAAAAGGAAGCUGGAGAGAAUCGCCCGGCUGGAGGAAAAAGUGAAAACCUUGAAAGCUCAGAACUCGGAGCUGGCGUCCACGGCCAACAUGCUCAGGGAACAGGUGGCACAGCUUAAACAGAAAGUCAUGAACCACGUUAACAGUGGGUGCCAACUCAUGCUAACGCAGCAGUUGCAAACAUUUUGAAGAGAGACCGUCGGGGGCUGAGGGGCAACGGAGAAAAAUAACACAGAGAAACAGACUUGAGAACUUGACAAGUUGCGACGGAGAGAAAAAAGAAGUGUCCGAGAACUAAAGCCAAGGGUAUCCAAGUUGGACUGGGUUGCGUCCUGACGGCGCCCCCAGUGUGCACGAGUGGGAAGGACUUGGCGCGCCCUCCCUUGGCGUGGAGCCAGGGAGCGGCCGCCUGCGGGCUGCCCCGCUUUGCGGACGGGCUGUCCCCGCGCGAACGGAACGUUGGACUUUUCGUUAACAUUGACCAAGAACUGCAUGGACCUAACAUUCGAUCUCAUUCAGUAUUAAAGGGGGGAGGGGGAGGGGGUUACAAACUGCAAUAGAGACUGUAGAUUGCUUCUGUAGUACUCCUUAAGAACACAAAGCGGGGGGGAGGGUUGGGGAGGGGCGGCAGGAGGGAGGUUUGUGAGAGCGAGGCUGAGCCUACAGAUGAACUCUUUCUGGCCUGCCUUCGUUAACUGUGUAUGUACAUAUAUAUAUUUUUUAAUUUGAUGAAAGCUGAUUACUGUCAAUAAACAGCUUCAUGCCUUUGUAAGUUAUUUCUUGUUUGUUUGUUUGGGUAUCCUGCCCAGUGUUGUCUGUAAAUAAGAGAUUUGGAGCACUCUGAGUUUACCAUUUGUAAUAAAGUAUAUAAUUUUUUUAUGUUUUGUUUCUGAAAAUUCCAGAAAGGAUAUUUAAGAAAACACAAUAAACUAUUGGAAAGUA